CCACCCACAUCAUCAGCCAGAUCGAUAGGCCUCUGCGUGAAAUGCACUUGUUAUCGUUUGUAUUAUCUAAACUAUGUCGAAACAAAUAUCGGCAAAAAUUCGCCACUCGGCUAGUCUAAUACUCGUAUCGAAGGAUACUGAGGUUGCACGAGCUGGCUUUGACUAUAAUGCACUACUUUUUAGGCGUAACUCUAAGUCGACCUUUAUGCCCGACUCUUCCGUCUUUCCUGGCGGCGUUUGUGAAACUGUGGACAGUUCACCAACUUGGCUAAGACUUUUUAACCGCUAUGACGUAAGCCGUCAUAAAUUGAAUGAGCUGUGUCAAGCACCGCUGAAUACGAAAGGCUCUGAUGAAACUCUCAAUGCUGCUGUUUCCCUACGUUUGACUGCUUUACGGGAGACUUUUGAAGAGAUGGGCAUUUUGCUGUGCCGUGAUCGCAAAACUCUGACCAGCAUCGAUGGCUAUGCACAAUUCAAUGAACAAUUCGAUCGGAAACAUUGGCAACAUAUUGUCCACAACGAUGCCAGCGAGUUUUUAACGCUCUGCGAAGAGUUGGAUGUGGUGCCCGACCUGUGGUCGUUGCACGAGUGGUCUGCCUGGCGCACGCCCUCUACAUUCCAGAAACGUUUUGAAACCGUGUUCUUUUUAGCUGCACUCGCAUCUCGGCCACAGGUACUGAUGGAAUCCAAUGAAGUGAAGGACUAUGAGUGGCGUGCGCCUUUGGACUACCUGGAAGCUGCGCUGAAGAAACAAGUGUGGCUACCACCGCCACAAUUUUAUGAACUUUCGCGUUGUCUCAACUUUCAAAAGUUGGAGCAACUGCGUUUGUUUGCUCAGCAGCGUUCAUCCAAGGGAUCUGUGCUGCUACAUCCUGUAAUUUACAAAUGCACAGAUGGCUUCGUCCAUCUAUUACCCGGCGAUGAUUUGUAUCCCUCAAAUCCAGAUGCGAGUAGCGAAAAAAUCGAGACAGGGAUCUCAACGGCAGAAUUUCGAGCGUUAGCCAAAGAGAAAUUGCAUCGUUCCGAGCAUAAGAAUCAGCAUGAAUCGCACCUGAUCAUAAAUUUUAAGCCAGCCGAUGGACAUGUUAAUCCUCUAGAUCCCAAAAAUCUUUAGUAUCGAAAGCUUUAAGUGGGAUU